CUUCACACACCACCAACCACUAGCCAAAAAGAGAUAAUGGCACUCACCUUCUCUGCUUCAUUGAUCUGUGUUCUUGUUCUGCAAUCUUUCCUCUUAAAAAUAAACUCGCACCCAUAUGGGUCUGAUGUGCGAAAGGGUGAUAAGGAUUUGCUAGAGUUCCCGUUGAAUCUGGAGUACUUGGAGGCUGAGUUUUUUUGCCAUGGCUCAUUAGGGUAUGGGUUGGACAAGGUUGCUCCCGAGCUGACCAUGGGAGGUCCUCCUCCUAUUGGUGCCAGAAAGGCCAAUCUUGAUCCCUUAAUAAGAGAUAUCAUGGAGCAAUUUGCAUGGCAAGAAGUUGGACACUUGAGGGCAAUUAAGUCGACGGUCAAAGGAUUUCCAAGGCCGCUGUUGGAUUUGAGUGCAGCAACAUUUGCCAAGGUGAUUAAUAGUGCAUUUGGGAAGAACUUGCGGCCUCCUUUUGAUCCUUAUGCCAAUAGCAUCAACUUCCUUACUGCAACCUACAUAAUUCCUUAUGUUGGACUUACUGGAUAUGUUGGAGCAAGUCCUAGGCUCCAAGGUGCUACUUCCAAAAGACUUGUUGUGGGGCUUUUGGGUGUGGAAUCCGGUCAAGAUGCUAUAAUCAGAGGAUUAUUAUACGAGAGGCUAAAUACGACAGUAAGACCUUAUGAGAGAACAAUUGCAGAGUUCACUGAUCGCAUAUCUAAUCUAAGGAACAAGCUUGGUAGAGCAGGGUUGAAAGAUGAAGGCCUUGUGGUUCCUAAAGAACUGGGCGCCGAAGGCAAGAUCGAGGGAAAUACACAUGCAGGAGACAAAUACUCGGUUUCCUAUGAAAGGACACCUGAAGAAAUUCUUAGAAUUGACUAUGGAACUGGAAAUGAAUCAAUUCCUGGUGGUUUUUAUCCAAAGGGAGCUAACGGUGCCAUUGCGAAAUCUUAUUUAUCUACCGCAAACUACUAAAAGUGGGAAACCUGACAGUUUUAAGUUACCACUGUCAAUUUAAGCAACUAUCUUGUGUGAUUAAUGUUGUUCUUUUGAGUCGAUAAUUAUGUCGUUUCAUAUCUUCUACGUAUCUUGUCUUUUUGACUAUUUAAUCCUACUCGUUUAUAAAUGUACAAGUUGUCAUAUAAAUAGUUCGAGAUAACCAAUAAAGUUAAGAAUCUCAUGUUCACAAUUCAA